UGAUGAUGGAUCAAUACAAAAAUUAUCAAAGAGUGAGGCUGAGUCUUAAGCAAAGGGAGGAAAAAUGAGAAACAAGAAGCUGAGAGGAAACAAAAAAGUUUAGUUUACAACUUGAUUCUGGCUCAAUUGAAACUCAUUUCAAACUUUUCCCUUUUUUGUCUUAAAAUGGUCAACUCAUGUUAAUGCUGAUAUCAACCCUUUUCCCAUUGUUAACCAUAUGGUCAGUUAAAUGUGCUUUUAAUUGUGCUCCAUAACAAACACACAAAAAAACAGAAUAAAUCAAAAUCCAAAUUUUGUCCAACCAAAAGCACAACUAAUCAAUUUGCUUCAACUUGCUCAUUUACACCUACAAAUGUCACCUCAUUUAGCACAAUAUUUCACCCAAUUUACCUUUAGCUUUUCAUCCAUUUUUCCCAUGUAAAUCUUUCUAAUAAUUUGUAAAUCACUAAUCAACUUAAUCUCAAGGAUUUACAAGUGAUAUUGAUUGACAAGUUACAACACAAAGGAGUGCAAAAUAAAUCAUCUAAAAGUUAACAUUGGUAAUGUUUACGGAGGAAAGUGAUUUCACUCGGGAACCAAUUUCACUGAUUGAAACAAGUUAAUCAACUGUCUUAGGAUACAAAAGUAUGAAAGUUGAAUGAAAAAUUCAAAGGAUAACCAUCAUCACCAUCAUCAUCCACCUUGCCAUCAUCAUCCCGAUUCACCAUCCAAACCGCCACCAGAACCACCAUCACCCUCACAUAAAAUUUAUUAAUCUUUUUGGUCAUCAAUCAAACAUAGAACCUUAAAAUUGGAUUCAAUCAUUAAGUGUAAACACACUCACAAGAUGAUCAUCUAUUUAUUAACAAUCAUUUCAUCCCUUAUCCAAGGAACACAACAAGGAAUCCAUGAAAGAAAACUAUUAAAUGAUUUAAUGGAACAUUAUAAUCCAAUGGAAAGGCCAGUUCUCAAUGAAUCUGAGCCUGUUUUUGUCAGUUUUGGCCUUACUUUACAACAAAUUAUUGACGUUGAUGAAAAGAAUCAACUAAUUGUUACCAAUAUAAUGAUUAAUAUGGAAUGGAUUGACGCGAAUCUUCGUUGGAAUGUAUCUGAAUAUGGCGGAGUCAGUGACAUACGUUUAGCUGCAGCCAAAGUAUGGAAACCAGAUAUACUUUUAUACAAUAGUGCUGAUGAAAGGAUUGACUCUUCGUAUCCUGCCAAUGUUGAGGUUCGUCAAAAUGGUUCAUGUGCCUGGCUACCUCCAGGUAUCUAUCGAAGUACCUGUAAAAUAGACAUUACUUGGUUUCCAUUUGAUGAUCAACAAUGUAAAAUGAAGUUUGGCUCAUGGUCAUACCAAGGUGAUUCAUUAGACUUAAGGUUAAUGGAUGAACAAGGUGGUGACCUUUCAACUUACAUAGUUAAUGGUGAAUGGAUACUUUUAGGAAUGCCUGGUGUUCGCAAUAAUGUAACUUAUGCCUGUUGUCCUUCGCAAUACAUCGACUUAACAUACACUAUUUUGAUACGACGACGAACUCUUUACUAUGGUUUUAAUUUAAUUGUACCUUGUAUGAUAAUAUCCUCAAUGGUUUUAUUGGGUUUCACUUUGCCUCCAGAAUCGGGUGAAAAGCUUACUCUUGGAGUUACCAUUUUGCUUUCAAUGUCUGUUUUUAUGCUUCAAUUAACGGAUAUACUUCCACCCACAUCAGAAUCUGUUUCAAUUAUUGGAACCUAUUUUGCCUGUAUAAUGAUGGUCGUUGCCUGUUCAGUUGUAAUGACUGUUGUGGUGCUCAAUUUUCAUCAUAAAACUCAAGAAUCAAAUGAAAUGAAUAAAUGGGUUCGUUUACUUGUCCUCACAUGGUUGGCAUGGAUUCUUCGCAUGAGACGUCCAGGGGAUAUCAGUCCACCAAAAAAGCAAGCCUCGCCAAGUUCAAAUCCAAAGGCAUCACCUUUACUACCAAUGAAGGAAGAUUUAGUUAACCUUAAAAUACAUUCUCAUCAGGGUAAAGACUAUCCAAUUGAUGGUAUUAAUUCAACGGCAAUUGAUUACGAGGACGAUUAUUUACAAUUGAAUAGCCUUCGAAGCUCAGCCAACAAUCAUGCCAACAAUGCAACCAAUUCUGGAUGUUCUUAUUGUUCACAGUUUAACUUGACAAACUCAUCAAGUCACCAUCAUCAAACUCACCAUAAUCAUCACAAUCACCAUUUAACUGCUCAUCAUCAUCACCAUCAAUCUCAUAACCAUAUUCAUCAAGUUUUCCCUCACACACCGUCACAUGCACCACCAUCUUCAGUCCAGUUGAAUCCUUCAUCAGCCGGUGGUGGACCAAAUGUGCCCUCAAAUUUAUCUCCAUCUGGUUGCUGUGAUGAAAUUGAUCCAAUUGUGCCGGUUGCGAAUCCUUCACGGAUUCCCCUUCAUCAGCCAAUUCAUUCAUCGGCCUCAGCCUCAGCUCAUCCAUGGACAACUGGAACAUCAGGUUUACCAGGAUCAACAGUCAAUCAUUCCUAUUGUCCAGGUUCAUCGUCUGCAACUCACAGUUUAACUCAAUCAAGUGAUAUAAGUGCAAUACUCAAAGAGUUGAGAUUCAUAACCAAUCGAAUAAGGAAAGAAGAUGAAAUUCAAGAUAUUAUUCAGGACUGGAAAUUUGCUGGAAUGGUUAUGGAUAGGUUAUGUUUAAUUGUUUUUACAGCAUUUACCAUCAUAUCGACCGUUAUCUGUCUCUCCUCGGCUCCACAUCUAAUUGUUUAAAGAAAAGAAAAAGAAAGCAAUAUUUUAAUUAAUUAAUCAAUUAAUUAAUACAAUGAAAAGUUAGGGAUUCUCCAAUUUACAGAUGAUGAAAUUGAAUGAUUAUGUAUGAAAUCCUCAAUCUGUAUUAAUUAAAUGCUCAACAUUAGGUUAAGAUAAUGAAAAAGACAAAAGAAACGCGUAAAGCAAAAAAAAUCACUUUUUUUACUCCUCACUCAACAGCUAAUUAAAGUUAUCCUAACAUCCAUAAUAAUAACAGCAAUUAUCUUUAAGUAUUAACUUUGAUUAUAACAGCUUCUUCUCUGCUAAUUGUAAUUGACAAUUUUACCCAAGGUAAAUGCUUCUUGUUAAUUAAUAUAUUAAAUCUUAUUGAUUCUUGAUCUUAUAAAACAUCCUUUUUUGUUUUCUUUGAUUUCCUUUGUUUUCAUCUCAACAUAGUUUUCACAGUUUAACUCCAUUCAAUUUUAUAAAUAGUAUAUAAUUAUGAAACAAAACCAUGUAAUAAACUGACGAAGAAUGAAAAGGAUGAACAAUUACGAUUAGGUUUAGACCAUUUGAAGACAAUGCAAUUUAAAAAAAGGCCUAAAAUUUAAUGAUUUAACAAUUGUAAAUGUAUAUAAUGUUAUAAACUUGACAAUUUUUUCCUUCUUCUCCUUAAGCCUGAAAUGGCACGGAAAAAUAUAAAUAAGGAAAUAUAUAAAAAAACUGGUCUCUUUCAACUAUUUAUUUGUAAAACACAAUUUACCGAUUAAAUUUAAACCUUUUGCUGUUUUAACAACAAUAACUAUGUUAAUAAAAAUUAUACAAAUAUAAUCAAUAAAAGCAAUUUCCAAUUUUGUCUAACCCUUACUUUACCACUUUGAGGCAUAAAACUAACAG